AAUAAAGCAGAGGCAGAGGGCAGUUGGACCAAAACGGUCGAUUCAGUCAGAGUGACAAGAAUCAACCUGAAAGAAGAAUACAUGAAAAUUCAGCGCAAGAGAGUGGAAGGAUCGCAACAAAGAAUUGAAGACGGCGUGGUUUACUUCACUGUCUUUUCUCUGAUGCAGAUUGUUAAUGUUCGAACGUUUGUUCAACGACUUGCUGACUGGGUCGACGACAUUGCCUGUAAUAGGCCUAAGGACGGUAAGUAUGCUCCACAACUAACUAUAGUCUACUGUUGGCUGGACAGCUCUAUCUGGUCUAAACUGGUUUCCUAGAGGUCCAGUAAGGAUUAUCUCUUAUUGAUCCAUGCAGUGUUACUACAGGAGGAAACCUAAACUGAAUUAACUUUAUUUAUACUGGAUAGCUCUAUCAUUUCUAAACUGUUCCCCCUAGAGGUCCAGUAAGGAUCAUCUCUUAUUGAUACAGUGUUACUACAGGAGGAAUCCUAAACUAAACUAACUUUAUUUAUACUGCAUAGCUCUAUCAACUCUGAACUGCCGGCUCUCCAAAGCCAGCCAGCCCUUAUUCGGUUCCAAUGUUACUACAGGACGAAAUCUAAACUAAACUAACUUUAUUUAUACUUGAUAGUUAUAUAGUUCUAAACUGUUAAAUACUACAUGGUCCAGUAAGGACUAUAUGUUCGAUUUAUCCAGUGUUACUCCAGUCAAACUGAAGACACCAAUCUCAUGCAGAUUGUUUUAUUUCAAGGUUGGUCUGAGCUGUACACAAAAAUGCAGACACAGAAAGGGGCAACAUACGACUACAUGGCUGACUUGGACAGUGUUUACAAAAACCAGGAAGGAAGCUAUGUUUAUGGUCUGGUCAAGAACAAGGGAAACAACAUCAAAAACGCUUACGUUUUCUUUGUGGUGGUCGAGCUUGUCGAUCAAACUGUGCAAAGCUUUUGUUGGCCGUUUCUUUUGAAAACUAAACCUGUUACAAUUAGGUCGAGAGCACCUGGGCUGUAGGUGGGUUAACUUAGCAUUAUUGUGCAUCAGAUGGCAGCCAACCUGCAGUAUGUUUUCUCGCUCUGAUAACAGCACUUCAGUUAUCAGGGCGAGAACACAUUGCAUCUGGCAUAAAGGUUCAUAAUUUAGUCUUAUAAACACUCUUGAUUAAUUUCCAUUAUUUUGUGGUUUUAGGAUUCAGCACUGACACCAGGACCACUAAGAGGUCUACAGAAUAAAGAAUCAGUAAUCAUCAGUGAUUAGCACACGGACUAACGCAUUAAUACAAUGAUAUAAUCGUUGUAGAAUCCAAUAGCUAACUGGAUAGCUAUAACUGCCUGUAGCUGGGGAGUUGGGGGGUUACUUGCUAUACAAAAACUUUGAAAAAGUCGUUUAACGGCACUUGGAAAAUAAUGUACGGGUGUAUGUACCUUUAUACUUAUAUGAUCUGGUGUGAUAUUAAUAUUAAUUAAAAAAACAAAUUUUGCUUCAUGUAGAACGCACUGCAAAUAAAAAUGAGUGUAUUUCCAUAGAUAUAUGGUGAUUGAAAAUAGCGAAACCUAUUUCUUUGGUUCCGUGAUGAUACUUCAAAAACAUGGAAUUGUGAAACAUGGUUGUAUGUCAGUAUGUUGAGGUCAGCAAGGUUGUGUAGUACAUGUAUGUACAAGCUUUGUACAAAUAGUACAAAGAAUACAGGCUUGUACAACCGAAACAACCAAUUAAAUCAAGCUGGAAAAUGUUAACAUAAUCAACGAAACUAUUUAACUGUCAAUUUCAAAUUAAACUGUGGUCAGCAAAUAUACAAUUCACCAAAUAUGCGCAGCUGGAAGCCCUGAUAUUCUACGCUCUUGUAAUUUGAAACUUUGCGUCCUUGUCUGCGCGCAAAAUGAAAAUGAUUACCAUUGGUCGAGUUCAAAUUUAAAUUAAACGUGUUUACAUUUCAAUGCGGUUUGGCA